UUCUUUAUUAAUGUGAUGACCUGUACCAGUUACCACACAUGUUGCCUUCGGAGGAAGCUUUUGUGGCAGCUGCAUCUGCUCUUGGCAUCGAUAACAAAGAUGGGUUGGUUGUUUAUGAUGGGAAGGGGAUUUUUAGUGCAGCUCGUGUAUGGUGGAUGUUCCGAGUCUUUGGACAUAACAAAAUCUGGGUGCUAGAUGGAGGCCUGCCAAGAUGGCGUGCUUCAGGAUAUGAUGUUGAAUCUAGUGCUUCCAGUGAUGCAAUUCUGAAGGCUAGCGCUGCUAGUGAAGCAAUAGAGAAGGUGUACCAGGGACAGGCGGUUGGUCCAAUCACGUUCCAGACGAAGUUUCAGCCACAUCUUCUUUGGACACUUGAGCAGGUCAGAAAAAACAUUGAGGAGAAGAGUCAUCAACAUAUAGAUGCACGUUCAAAGGCUAGGUAACUUCUUUUUUCUUUUUCUUUUUUUGCAUGUCAUUGGUGUUAGAAAGUAUAUUUGUAUAGUGAGUACUUAUCAUUGGUGUUAGA